AUGAAUAAUGGAAAAUUUUGGAAUAACUAAAAUAUUCCUUAAUUUGAUCAUAAUGAAACUUAGAAAGGUUUAAUGUCAAAUUUCUAUAAAUUUGGUAAACGAUUAGGUCAGAAAUGCUUACGUCAGUACAUCUUAAUUAGACAAUACUUGUUAUAUACAGAUAUUGGUAAUUCUUAACACAUUAAAGGAAGUGUUAGAUUAGAUGGAGUAUAUGCAUCAUUUUAAAUAUCUAAUUCAGAAUUUCAAAUAUAUCUAAAAAAUAAUGGAUUCCAAAUUGUUUUAUACACAGAUGAUCUAAAUCAAUAUGAGAUAUGGACUAAAUUUUUAUCAAACUGUUGUAUACUUACAACAUUUAAUGAGGAUAUUAUAAUUGGGAAUCUAAUUGGAAAUGGAAGUUUCUCAACAGUACUUUUCUAUAUUUAAAAAGGUUUAUGAGGGUAGAAAUAAAGAAGGAGAUGUAUUUGCUAUUAAAGCAAUACCUAAGAAGAAAUCAAAAUCAUUGUCAAUUAAUAAUUAAUAUGAAGAAUAGUUGUUAAGCGAAAUUUAAAGUUUAAGAGAAUUAGACCAUAUAAAUAUUUUAAAGCUUAACCGAGUUUAUGAGACAUCAGAAAAAUUAUAUUUAGUUACUGAAUUUAUUCAUGGUUAUGAAUUAAUCUCAAAAGCUACCAGCAAAGUUGUCUUUUAAGGAUAUGAAUUGUUAAGUUUCAUUCAUCAAAUGUUAUUGGCAAUUAAAGAGAUGCAUGAACAUAACAUAAUGCAUAGAGACAUCAAACCAUAGAAUAUCUUAUUAAAAAAUGGCCAGCUAUCUUAACCAAGACUUAUCGACUUUGGAUUGGCUGUAAGUACUAAGAGAAAAGGAAUGCCAUUUCCAUCAUGUGGAUCUCCUGGGUAAAAUUCAAUAAUAUUUCUUAGUUAUUCAGCUCCAGAAAUAAUAAGAUAUGAUGAAACCAAAAAAUAAUAUAGUGGAUAGUGUGAUAUAUUCAGUUUUGGUAUUACUUUAUUUGUUAUGUAUUUCAAUUCAAUAAUAUUAGACUCUAUGGAUAUAAUCCAUUUAAGACUCAAGAUUAAAAGUCAACUAUUAAAAGAAAUGCCAAUGCAUAUUUUGAAUUCCCUAAUUCCCUUUAUCCAUAAGAAUGUAUAUACUAUUAUCAUUUUAUAUAUAGUAGAACAUUUGAUUUUAUAAAUGACUAAGAAAUAUCCAAAGGAUAGAAUAACUGCUGCAUAGGCUCUUACUCAUCCAUUUUUAGAGACAAAACUAUACUAAACAAUUUAAUUACCUAAGGCUAUCUUAUCUAAAUAACAAUAUGAAAUGAGCAAAAACUAUAAUAAUAUUAAUGUUCAUGCCAGUUUAGAAAUGGAUAGAGACUUUGGAUUGAAUUAUGUCAUAAAACUAUGUAGUUCAUCUCCUUAAAAUAAUAAAAAUCUUACUUUAUCUAAUCAAAAUAAAUAUUUAGAUGAAUUUCAAUUAGAUUAUAUUGAAGCCUCAGUCGAUAUUAAUCAUAUAGAAAAAUUAAAGAUGGGUCAAAGAUAUUUUUCAAAAUAGAAGUCACAAAUCAACAUUUAACUUUGA